UAUAAAACCCAAGCCAGGAUAUCCUAAUAUUUUAUUUCACUCAAGAUCUUUAGGAUUUUCACAACAAAAAAUAACAAUUGAAUAAAACUAUGAAGGAAAGCACAAUGAACAAGGAAAAUCUUGCAGAUUCUAUUCUGGGAUUUAUCUAAUCUGUUGAUAUCUUAUAUGAUCUCUUUCACACAUUCAAAAAACAACUUUAUAUAAUUACUUAAACUCCUCUCAUCAACAUCACCAACCAUUCAUUCAAGCCUUCCUCAAUUCUUCUCCCAAACUCGCAUUCGAUUUCUUCAACUAUUUUGUAUACCUCAAAUAUCAUCUGAAUAUUUGGAGAAUGAGUGGAUUAGGUCAGGAAAUGCAGUUUCAUGUCCUUGCCGUUGAUGAUAGCAUAAUUGACAGAAAAUUGAUAGAGAGGCUAUUAAAGACUUCUUCUUAUCAAGUUACUGUUGUGGAUUCUGGAGUUAAGGCUCUUGAAUUUCUAGGAUUGCUUGAUAACGAUGACACAAAUUCAAAAUCUGUCUCUCAACCCAGGAGUAAUCAUAUAGUGGAUUUGAUAAUAACGGAUUACUCCAUGCCAGCUCUAACUGGUUACGAUCUUCUCAGAAAAAUAAAGGAAUCGGAAAUACUGAAGGACAUUCCUGUAGUGAUUAUGUCAUCGGAAAAUAUUCCGUCAAGAAUUAACAGUUGUUUGGAACAAGGGGCUCAAGAGUUUUUUGUAAAACCAGUUCAACAAUCAGAUGUCAAUAAACUUAGGCCGCAUUUGAUGAGAUGCCAAAAGGAAUUUAUUAUGCCUGAGGUCAGAGUACAUUAGCAAUCUGAUAGAUAGGAUACUAUUGGUGUAUUUUACAUCAAGUUUUGAGUUGAGUUUCCUACUUUUAGCUUUGUCCUGUUUUUGGCAGGAUUUACUUUGAUAGGUUACUGUUGAUUGAAUAUCAGUGUGACAUUCUGUGUAAAUAUAUUUACAAAUGCACACAAUGUAUGGUUGUGCAAAUCGAAAUUUCUGAUACUUGUGUAAAAAUUGCCAGAUAUUUCUAUUGAAGUAAGGCGCUUAUAAUAAUAAAUCCUCGGUUUUCAGGAUGAAAUCGAGU